AUGGACCGCAGCGUGUUUGGUGCUAUCGAACGAGAGGACCAUGCCGCGAUGGAGCGGGCGUUCUCAUUGGAAAAUGUGAAUUUAGUGAACGCCGACGGUUACACUCCCCUGUAUUAUGCGUCUAUGAAGAAGAACGUGGGAAGGCGCACCGUCGAACAGCUGCUGUUCCUCGGCGCACAAGUGGAUCUGAAGGGGCAAGAUGGCGAGACCCCGCUUUACAUUGCCUGUUUCAACAGCAAAAUAGAGGUUGUGCAGUUGCUGCUAGAGAACGGUGCCAACGUCAACGCCAAAAAUGGCCGUGAUGAGGAAACACCGCUGCACGUGACGGCUCGCACAGGAAAUUGCGCCAUACUUGACAUUCUUGUGGGGCGCGGGGCGAAACUGGAUGUGCAAAACGUCAGGGGUGAAACGCCUCUUUACUUGGCAGCCAAGGCCGGUCUUCACAACGCCGUUUACCACCUUAUGAAUGCUGGGGCCGACGUCAAUAUAUGCGACGUUGACGGCAAAGACCCUCUGUACGUGGCCUCCGAGCGAGGGCUAAAGCAUGUGGUUGUCCUCUUAAAGAGCAGCCUUAAAGGCCUUGCCAUUGCAAAGGCAAUGGCGGACGAGGAGCUGCGGUUGCGGCCACUCCCAAUCAAGUCGACCGAGUUGAUUCUUGAAGAGGCAGAGGAGGACGCUGCGGCUGGACGGCUUAUUCACCAUGAUUUUAUUCCUUCAAAGCCCGUCAAGGAGGUAAAGCCGCUUGAAAUUGUUAAAAUCGCUGUGCCCCGCCCGAAAGCUGGUCCGCGAAACCCUUUCGCGGCCACAUCAAGUGGCCCAUGUCGUUCGCUUGAGGAGGUGGGAUAUGAUGCGCCUCCCGCGCUACCGCCUUCUUUGGCGAACCGUCCCCCAGUGAAAUCGGAGCGUAUCGGAGGGACGUCGAUGCGCAUCGGCACGAGUGUUCAAACGAUGGGCAAAGAUCCCCCAAGGAUAAGCUGCGUUCCUGGGGACUGCAUGGAGUUUUUUGUACUUCGAGAGUCGUAA